AAUCUGAAAGUUGACAGCUAUGUCUGGAGGGCACCUGCUUGGAGAAGGCUGAUCUACCCAUAACCAGUGACAGUGCAUAGUGUCUACCUGUCUUACUCCUUUGAAAUGGCCAUUCAACUUGCUAAUCCCCGUGGCCUCUGAAACACGGAGGGAGUUUGCUUUGUUUCCAUCACAUGGGCACUUGAUCUGACCUUGAAUGAACCUUGACAGCGGCGGCGAAUGAGAGAGAAAAAUUCUGACGUGCUGGAGAAGGGAAGCAGACCGUCAGUCGAUAGACAUUUGCGCUUGCCUCUUCGUUAUCCUGCCUUCCCAGAGCAACAAUCCCAAGGGAGCUGGGGGAGCAGACCGUUUUCUAGCACUUCCCAGGAAAUGGGAUACAAGAGCCGAUGAACUUUUUGCCUCUUCAAAUUUGACACGCCGUCUUCUCCAAAGUACCCGUACUUACUGAGUUUCUGCAGAAGAAUUUAUGAAGUCCGUAUUUGUUCUGACGCCAUGGGUGCACACCUGAAAUUUGCCUGCUAUCUUUCAGAAGGAGGAUUAUUUUGCCAUUGUCUCAGCAGAAAUUCUUGUCCAGGAGGGCACGUUUUCCCUCAAGUCACUACAAUUCUAAACAGGUGGUAAUUUGUCUUAUACACUGGUCGGCUGAAAGCUACAGCAAUUUUGAACUGAAACAAGUGGAGGCAGCAAAUCGAUCACUGCAGAAGUGGGCAAAGUGGAGAAGACCAAAGGAAAUCCGGAAAAGGUAAGAUGUUUCUGCCCUCCACCCAAAAGAACAGCAUGGCAGAGAUGUCUGGUGGGAUUUUCUCCCCCUUGGAGAACCUCUGUGACCUGGACAAUGCCAACUGCCACCCGCUGGUGUGUUUCCUCUGCCACGAGCAGUACGAACACCCCUGCCUCCUUGACUGCUACCACAACUUCUGUGCCAGCUGCCUACGGGGCCGUGCCAUCGAGAGCCGCCUGACGUGUCCACUUUGUGGCCACCAGUCCAUUGUCAGGGGGAAUGGCCUCCCUCCAGAAGACCGGCUCCUGAAGUUCCUGGUGGACAGCUCUGGGGAUUGUGAGGAGGAGGUCCAGUGUGCAAAUUGUGACUUGCAGAGUACAAAGCAGGACUUGGACGCCAUGUAUUUUUGCAAUACCUGCCACCAGCCUCUCUGCUCCAAGUGCCGCGAGGAGACCCACAAAGCCAGAAUGUUCUCCCGCCACGAGAUCGUCUCCCUGACCAAGCGUAUCAAAGACAUCCACAAGAAAUGUUCACUUCACGAGGAACUCUACAUCAUGUUCUCAACAGAGAAAAAGUCCAUGCUCUGCAUCAACUGCUUUCGGGACAUGCCCGUGGAGAGUCGAGCGCAUUGCAUCGAUAUUGAGACUGCGUAUAUGCAGGGCUGUGAGAAGCUAGACCAGGCCGUGAUGGCUGUGAAAGAGCUCCAGACAUCCACCAGGGAGGCGAUAGUGCUCCUCAAAGCCAUGAUCGAGGAGGUCCGCAACAGUGCAGACGAGGAGGAGACAUCUAUAAACUCGCUCUUCAGCAGCAUGCAGGAGAAAUUGGCAGAGCGGAAGAAGAUGCUUUUGAAAGUCGUUCAGAGCCAGUAUGAAGAAAAGGAAAAAGCCUUCAAGGAACAGCUGGCACACCUGGCAUCUUUGCUGCCCACCCUACAGGUCCACCUGGUGACGUGCUCUGCUUUCCUCAGCUCUGCAAACAAGGCUGAAUUCCUUGAUUUAGGCUAUCAACUGAUGGAGAGGCUGCAAAAAAUCGUCAAGCUGCCCCAUCGACUGAGGCCCUCCCAGACGAGCAAGAUCAACACGGAAUACAGAGCUGAGUUUGCCCAUUGCCUGGAGCCCUUGCUGCUUCUAGCGCCCCGUCGCUCCGUGGUGGUGAAUGGAGCGGGCAUCGGACCUGGGAUGAGCAACAGUAACAUGAUGUCCGGAGGUCCCUGCUCCAAGACCCUUCUUGUGUCCGGCUGCCCCUCUACCUGCGAAAAGAUGUCCCUGGCAGGCUCCCUGGUCCGGAAGCCCACCAUGCACCGGUACAUAAGCACCAAGGUGCUCCUGGCUGAAGGUGGAGAGACACCCUUCACCGAGCAUUGCCGCAACUACGAGAACAUGUAUCGGACCCUUCAAAUAGAGAUUCAGAACUUGAAGGAUCAGGUGCAGGAGCUGCACCGCGACCUCACCAAGCACCAUUCCCUCAUCAAGACGGAGAUCAUGAGUGAGAUCCUGCAGAAGUCGCUGCAGAUGGACGUGCAGAUUGCUUCAGAGUAUUCCUCUGUGGAGAUGAUGCGGAGCGUGUUUGAAGAGACCUGGGAAGAAACCUAUCAGCGAGUGGCAAAUGAGCAAGAGAUUUAUGAAGCACAGCUCCAUGAUCUGUUGCAGCUCAAGCAGGAGAACAGCUACCUGACAACCAUCACCAAGCAGAUCGCCCCUUAUGUCCACUCCAUCGCCAAAGUAAAGGAGCGGCUGGAGCCCAGGUUACAGGACACAAAGGAGGAGAGGAAUGGCCAGCCAGAGAGCUUGCUGAAAAUAUACGAUGAGAGCCCAGAGGCUGCUGACGUCCAGCACAGGCCUGAUUUGUGCAGCGGCCUUGAGGAACGAGAAGGAGCCUCGGAGCCCAAAGCAGAAAGCCAGAUUCUCAGCCCAGCCGCAGAGGACCCCCUGCUGAAAUCGAAAGAUUAUUACAGGAGCAAGCAGAAAGGCCGACCUGAGAGUCCCCCGCAGCCGUCGGGACCUCGCAAGUCAGCCAAGGAGGCGGAUCAGGAAACAGAGCUUCUCCUGUGCUGAACCUGCACUCGCAGUCUUUCUGAACAAAAAUGUUCAUGUAUGGCAUAGCAGACUCUUUUCAGUGUGGUGUGUGCUCAGAAAACCAUAUAUAUUCUGCACUAAGAUAAUCCUGGUUCUGCAAUCCCUAAACCAUGCAAAACAGAA